AUGGAUCAGAAGUUGAUCUCGGUCUUCUUACUCUUCUCAGCUGUGUGUGGUGUAUCUCCAUACGUUCCUCAUCGGUAUCACUUUGUGGAUCAGAGUAAAACCUGGACUGAAGCUCAGAUCUACUGCAGACAGACCUACACUGAUCUGGCCACCAUCAACAACAUGGACGAGAUGAAGAAGCUGAACGAGACUCUGAAGGAUAAAGAAAAUAAACCAAACACUGAGAGAUACGUAUUAAUUAAUGACCAAAAGACCUGGCGUGAAGCUCAGAGCUACUGCAGAAAACAUCACACAGAUCUGGCCAGUGUAAGGAGCGAGAAUGAGAGACAGCAGAUCAGUGCAGCAGGAAAUGGUGUUAAUUUCUGGAUCGGCCUGUUUAAAGACUCCUGGAAGUGGUCAGAUCAGAGCAGCUCCUCAUUCCGAUACUGGAAGUCUAACCAGCCAGAUUAUAAUGAUAAAACAAAAUGUGCUGCAGCUUCUGUGAAGGACCAGAGUCAGUGGCAUGAUAUAGAAUGUGGGAACCAGCACCCUUUCAUCUGCCAUGAGAAUAAGCUGAUCUUGAUCCAGCAGAAUCUGAGCUGGAAAGGAGCUCUGAGAUACUGCAGAGAGAAACAUGUGGACCUGGUCUCAGUCCACUCUGAGGAGAUCCAGCUCUGGGUGAAGGAUGUGGCUCAGAAAGCCUCCACUGAUCAUGUGUGGCUGGGUCUGCGUCACACCUGCACCCUCAGCUUCUGGUUCUGGGUGGGUGGAGAGUCUUUCUGCUAUGAUAACUGGGCUCCAGGUAACGGGACAGACAGUGAAGACUGCAGUCCUGUAGAGAGAACCGCAGCGGUGCAGGCUAGAGGAGAUCAGCAGUGGGUCAGCCUGCCUGAGAACCAGACUCUCAACUUCAUCUGCAUCAAAUAUAAAGGUUAA